UAUGACUUUGCCUAUAACCCGGUUUCGGCUUGACGUCGACUUCUGGGACACCCUGUAUAUAGAAUAUUUAGUACUGAAACAGAAAAUUCUCUAGCGUUCCUCAUGAUAAAUCCCAACAUCCUAUUAACCGACGAAACACAUAUGAGUUGAAAAAGACAUUUUCUGAUCAAAUAUGAUUCCUAAGUCAUCGAUUUGCUCUUAAGCUUAAGGCUAACGUGUCCAAAGUAGUUAAAAUUUAAGAUGUUUAAUUUCCUUGUGAAAGACACAACAAAGCACUUGUCCACAUUUAAGUUAAGAUGAUUGGCAUGGCACCAUGAAGACACUGUGAUAAUAUCUUGCUGCAAGACAAGGCAGUCGUCGAUAGUAUUGACAUAGUUGUAUAGUCUGAUGGGGAUUACUUUGAAGGGGACAAAAUAAAUAUUCAUGAAUAAAUAAAUAAUUCUUGAAAAAACAUGAAAUUCGCGAUACUUUUUGAACAAACCUGAAUUGAAUUAGAGCCCUUCUGUUAUUUCCUUUCCAAUAAUAGUUUCUAAAUUCUCAGUUCAGGGAGACUGUGAAAUAUAAACUGUGAGUCAUAGCCAUAACGACCUCUUCAGAAAGAACGAACACAAUAUGAUAUGCGCAUUGCGGCGCAACGUCUCCUUGUACAACUGGCUACUGUUGACCAGUAUAUGAUUCAGCCUUAUCUCUUUGCUUUUAUUAGCUGAUAAAUGCACACUUUCCAUAUUUUGAUUGUGUAAAUAUUGACUUAUCAACUACGGCAGGAUGUUUAUAAAGAUGAUCUGUGGUAUCUUUUGUCGGCAUAUGGAAUGUCUAGUCUCUCUUCUGAUGAAUUGUGGUUAAUACGUAUUGGCAGGUCCUUUUAUAAAAUAACUGUUUUCGAAGUCAUGUCAUAUACGUGGCAGAAUCAAAGUAUAGAGACAUACCAGAGAUCGUGUGGUCGUGAUUUGCUAUUUUAGCAACAGUUUUUGUGCUAAAAGUUUUCCAUCACCAAUAUUUUUUUAUGAAAGGACAUUGCGCUUAAUGAUUUUUUUAAACGUUUAUUACGAUUUUUCCAACUACGUUUAGGCCAACCAACGUGAGGAGGAGUACAAAAACCAAAUUAAGAACCUGACCACACGUCUGAAGGAGGUAUACAGCCAGAAAAUGCAGCAGUGUUAUUCUAAACUUGCUCUGAUUAACCAUGUUUUGUUGACGUCUACGUUUUUUAUUUGAUAUUUUCCUGGAACCAUUCGAAACGUACAUCCUUUUUUCUAGAAAUAACUUAUAUAACAUGACAAGCAAUGGGUGAUUUCAAAUUGAAUAUGAAUCGUCAUCCAAGCUAACAAAGAAAUUUUGAGAGGAAUAAUUUAAGACUCCAUGAUUGUUUGACCAAAGGAAACCACAUAAAUAUGCAAAUUGCUUUUUUACUGAGGGGUCUUUUGAGUGGGGGUGCAAUCUUAAGAUUGACUAAACAAAGCAAACUCAAUAUUGUGAUGAGCAAAAAAUAACCCAUAGGUGACACGCCACUUAUAGUCCGUCAUCUGUCUCCUAUAACGUACUGAUUAUUGCUAAAAAAGACCAAACAACGUUGUAUACUGUUUGUUAUGGUCCUAUUCAGCCGAUAAAAUAUAUUGUCAGUUGCACUUUGGCUUCAUUUGGCCAGUCAGUCAUGCAGUCCUCUUAUAAGGCAUAUUAAAAAAAUACUCAAAAACUGUGAAGCAAAAUACUCAAAGCUUUUUGCUUAUUUACUGUCUUGUUAAAAAGGAUGUACUUGAAUGACAUGUCUUGCAGAAUGUCUGGUGUUUAUUUUUUGAUCUAAUGCUUUGAAUUUUCUUUUGUUUUUUUGGAACUAACAUAGGCCACUCGCAAAGAGGACGAAUAUUCGAUAACGUUAAAACAGAUGGAACAGCAACUUCGAGAGGCAGCUGUCACAAGAGAGCAUAGCGAAGACGUAAUCCGUAGCGUCUCUGAUAAAUUGCGCGAAGCUGAAGCCAGAGCUGAAUUUGCUGAACGUUCCGUACAGAAAUUACAGAAGGAGGUCGACAGACUGGAAGACGACCUUUUGCUGGAGAAAGAAAAGAACAAAAUGCUCGCCGACGAAAUGGAGGCCACAUUGCACGAUAUCCAAAAUAUGUAAAAAUCCGCCGUCCGUCGUUGCACAUCUACACGUACACAAAAAAAAUCACACCCACACGCCAAUUUUGAAAAACACAUUGUGAGAGAGCUCGUGAAAGAGAAAAGAAUAGCGAUAAUAAGAUAUAAGGCCGGAGCCUAUUGUGUCAUUCCCGUUUUGAUUUUCGCGAAGGAACUGUCCACUUAUACGUGAUAUCGGUUGUAAAAAAUACGUUCUGGUGCUUGGGAUUUUUCAUGUUAAUCAUGCGCUUUUUAUACUGAUAUAAGAAAAACUUUUCGAAAAUAAACAUCGUAGUUAAUCUGUACAGCUUAGAUAUAUUUUUGUAACGUAAAAUUGUGUACUCAAUAAUAGGUAGGUUUUGCAAAGACAUUUUCAAAAUGUCACAUUAAUUUUGUGAAGGACUGUCGGUAGCGUGUUAAUUGCCUUAAAACCAAGAGAGUGUGAAUUAUGAGAAUGUGAAAGUUGUCCCUUAUUUCCCAAUAUUAUCAAGUCAUGUAGAUCAAAAAUCAUUCUCUGUAUAAAAACAAAGAAAAUAUUCUCAUGCCUUUUUCAUUCCAGUCUUGACACAGUACAUUCCUCUUUCUAUGAAUCAUGAAUGCCAUUUAUAAAAUCGCUAUCUCAAGUAGCUUAGUUUACUCAACGUUUAGCAAAUAAAAAUAUUUCUUUGUAGGAAUCAUUUUCAAACAUUCCAUAGUAUGUUCAAUCUGAACAUGCGUUUUUAUUCCACUCUUAAUGUAUUUUAAGUAUAUCAGUUCUCAAAAAAAUAUAGUUUAUAUCAGGUAAAUCCUCUUAAGGUUUUUCAAAAGUUUAAAUAUAGGUGUUAUCUAAUAUAGAUAUCCUUUUGCGAAAUAUUGCAGACCUUAGGAUAUAUCAAUAACCUUAAGAACGGAGGAUACUAGUCUUAAAAUAAAGCAAUAGUAUAUGUAGUAGUAGGUAAGAAUAAACUAACAUUCCUUUUUGAUAGCUCAAUGGUCAUCCCAUCUAAAAUUAAUAAAAAUUAGAAAUCGGGAUAAUGGUUGUAGAAACCAUUAUUCGGGUCUUCCAUAUGUAUUUUCCCACAAACGAGCUCAAUGUCCAGAUUGCUAACGUUUUCGAAAAGUUUUUCGAAAAUAAGUCGCGAUGGCAGUUGUAUGUAUUUUGCGCCUGCUGAAAAUAGAGAGUCCGUAAGAUCUCUGUUUAGCUGCAAUAUAAUGGAAUAACACUGCCAUUUAAAAAACGGCCCAAAAUAUUUUUUGUAUUUUUUUUAAAAGGUUUAUCAAAUUAUUUUGUAUAUUGUACAUUACUUACUAUGAAUUUAGUCAAUUCCCUGUAAUUUUUGGUGGCUUGUUUGUAAAGGAUUCAGCUGGAAAUUCAAUAUUUUGCAUAGUUCGGUAACGAAGGUACUGAUUCCUUUAUUCACAAGCGCAUUAUUCUAUUUUUUUCUAUUAAUUAUAAUUAUUUAAUUAUGAAAUUCUAGCCUUAUAAAAGCCUGUUUAUAUUCUAACAUGUAUUUUAUUUAGUUAUAAAAAGUUUUUAAUUCUAA